AUGUUAAGGAAUGUUGGAAAAUUAUUAAAUUUCAAUAAAAAAUUAAUAAAUCCAAUAAUAAAGAGAUCAUUCAAUAAGGAUGCAUCUUAUGAAAAAUUAGGAUUAUUUAAAGAAUUUUUUGAUGAGCCAAAAAAUUGGGAUCUUGAAGAUAUACCUAGGUCUAGAAGACCAGGAAGAGAAUGGACUAUUGAUGAGUUGCGGCUUAAAAGCAACACUGAUCUUCAUAAAUUAUGGCCAUUUCCUAAUGAUGAAAGAAAUGAUCGUGUUAAAAUGAGUAUGGAAAAUAUUGAAGAAGUUAUCAGUGAAAGAAAUAAUGCUUUUUAUGAAUUAGAGACAGGAUUACCAGCAACUCCAAGAAAAAGACGUGUUACAAGUUUUCUUGGUUUUACAUAUGAAAAACAAGUUGAAGAACAUGCUUUACCAAAUGAAAUUACAAAACAAAAGGAAUAUGAAAUUCCUUAUCUGGAUGAGGAUGCUUAUAUUAUGCAAAAAUUAUGGAAUGAAAAGAAGUAUUGGCAAGAUAUUGAAUUAGGUAACAUGAAAGUUUUGGAAGAUCAAAAGAAUGAGAGUCAAGUAAAAUAUUUGAGAAGUUUAAGAAAAACAUAUAAUGAUAUAUCUCAAGUUAAAGGAUUAAGAUAUAAAUAA